CCGCUCCUUUGUAUAUCCAAACUUGGGGUACAUUAUUCAGUCAGUUUAUGUACAUACUUUUUAAUUACGAUACAACUUUUGUACAUCUAAAAAACAUCCCGAUUCUAUGUGCAACUUCCAUUAAAAACUCGACAUUUUUCUUAUCUGAUUCCCCCGGCGCGGAGCGCGGGUUUCCCUCCUAGUAAUUCUAUAAAGAAGACAACUGAGCCUAAUAGGUGCUUACUCAACCAACAGACCACAAGAAAGUGGGUUGAAAUUUGAUAAUGACAAUUGACAACUGAAAAGAAUAACACCUUUAAAUCCACCACCACAUGAUGACAGUAGAAUAAUAUUUAGAAACAAAGUGUCAGGUCCUCUCACCCAUUAACACCGCUGCUUGCUCAGCCCCUUCUCCCACUAAGUAAAGCUUUCAGUGAAGAAGAGAAAACAGGUCACCGGAGAAGAAAGAUGACCUGGGGUUACUAUUUCCAAAGAGAUGUGCUGCCGUUUCUGGCCAUGGUCAGCUUAAACAUCAUCAGCGUUGGGAUCAGCACGCUCUUCAAAGCUGCAACCAUGGAGGGUAUGAGCAACAAUGUCUUCGUCGCCUAUGACUAUGCCAUCGCUUCUCUUAUUCUUAUCCCAGCUCCUUUCCUCUCCAAAAGAUCAAGUGUUCUUCCUCCUUUGAGCUCCUCAAUUAUGUGCAAAAUUGGUCUCCUCGGGCUCAUAGGGAGUUCAGCUCAGAUCAUAUUGUACACUGGAAUCAACUACAGCUCUCCAACUCUUGCAUCCGCCAUUGGCAAUCUCAGUCCAGCAUUUACUUUCUUGUUUGCCGUCAUUUGCAGGAUGGAAAGAGUUGUGAUCAGAAGAUCAUCCAGCCAGGCCAAAAUCCUAGGCACAAUAGUGGCAAUAGCAGGUGCAUUUGUGGUGACCUUCUAUAAGGGUGCCCCGAUUUUCCCGCUGGAACCCACGUCACCAAUCCAAUUGAAUUAUCAAUCAUCCCUUCUUCAGUCACCACCACCAACAGCACAAGAACAUUGGGUACUUGGUGGGAUGUGUCUCACCCUGAAGUAUAUACUUACCCCUUUGUGGUACAUUGUACUGACCCAGAUAAUGAAGGAAUACCCUGCAGAAUUCACAGUGAUCUUCUUCUACAACGUGAUUGUCUGCAUCAUAACAUCAGUUUUUGCUCUGAUCACUGAAGGAACAUCAUCAAGUGCCUGGAUAUUCAGCAGUAGCACAGCAAUAGCAUCGGUUUUCUGCUCGGGAGUGCUUGGAUCGUCAGUGAGCAAUGGUGUGGAGGCAUGGGUGUUGAAGCUCAAGGGGCCAGUAUUUGUGUCGUCGUUCAAACCAUUCGCGAUGAUUGUAGCUGUUGCCAUGGGAGUAACGCUUCUGGGUGAUAUUCUGCAUCUAGGAAGCCUGAUUGGAGCAAUAACCAUUGCAAUUGGGUUCUACAUGCUGAUGUGGGGAAAGAGCAAAGAGGAAGAUGAUGACACCAUCCCACAACAGAACAGUCACCAUGUUAGUAGUACCCUCGAACCUCACUCCAACGAGAAGGUACCUUUGCUGCAAAAGCUGAACCAGUAGCGAAUCACCAUUCAAGGUGAAGUGAAAAACGGCAGCAGAAGCUGCUAAUUUGGUCCGCAUCCAAGAGUAAAUGCAGGGUGGUAUUUAACAGCUUAGUAUGAUCUGUAAAUCUAGGCGCUGGGUGCUUGUUCCAUGAAAGCCAGUUUGUAAAGAAGUAAAGCCAAUAAUUGAAAUUUGGAAGGCCAUAAAGUGGAACUCUUUCCUCUGUUCCAGAAGGGUGGAGGGAGAGAAAGAAGUACUGACCUGCCUGAUAGAAGUGCGAAAUGCUUUGCCGUUGCCGGAAUAGUUCGUUUCGAACUGGAAGAAAGAAGGAAUGCUCGAGGCAGAGGGUAGAGCUAGAGCCUUGCCGGCUCCUGAUGCUGAAUGGGCCGGGUGGUGCAAAUCGUGGUCUGCAUUUUUGGGCUUUGAUAUGUUCCCUUUUGGACAUAGUUAUAUGGCCUGCUAGUUAGGCAUGAUCACUUAUGGGCUAUGGUCCAUUAUUAUUUUCUUUGGGUUAUGCAGUUUGUAGUUACCACUAUUAUG